AUGCUGAGGCAUGAAAGGCUCAGGGAAAGGUUUGCUACCGAGCACUUGCAGGGUGAGGUGGAGGUUAAUGGAAGGAAGAGUCUAUUUCUUCAAGUUAGAGCUGGUCAAGGUGAUGGAGCAGAGAAAGAGAGGUGGCACCUGAAGGCUUCCAGUGAAGGGUUGAGUAGAAGGUCGCAAGAUGUGCAGUACAUUAAGGAGCUUUUGGAAAUUUUGAAGGUUCAGGAAACGAGGUCGCAUGUUCAUGCACCUGGGGAAGAAGAGAAGGUUAUGACAAGGAAGCAGAAAGCUGAGUCCAAGGCACACGAAGGGGAGCAUUCUCCUAAGAAGGCCAGGGUGGAAAAUGAAGAUGGUCACGUCAACGGGAAAACUGUAGCUGAUGUUGUAGAAGAAUAUGAUGAGUUUUGCAAAGCCAUAAAUGAGCACCUUCCUUUGGAGCAAAUGAGAGAGAUUCUCGAGGCUAAUGGCCUCGAUUCUUCUGGCUCUGAUCUUGAAAUUACUCGAAAAUGCCAAGACUUGCUGUUUUAUGGUGCAUUGGACAAGUGCUCUGUUUGCAAUGGGAGUUUGGAGUUUGAUGGCCGACGUUAUGUUUGCAGAGGGUUCUACAGUGAGUGGGCUAGUUGCACUUUCAGCACCAGAAACCCUCCAAGGAAACAGGAACCCAUUAAGCUACCUGAUUCUGUUCAGAACUCUCUGCCUUCAGACUUGCUAAAGAAAUAUCAGGACCCAAGUGACAGGCCUCACAGGGAUACAGGCUUAGCUGAAAAACCCUUUACUGGAAUGAUGAUAUCUCUGAUGGGGCGUCUUACUCGGACACAUCAUUAUUGGAAAAGAGCUAUUGAAAAGCAUGGAGGGAAAGUGGCAAAUUCUAUAAUUGGGGCUAAUUGUUUGAUAGCUUCACCUGCUGAGCGAGAACGUGGUGGCACAUCCAAACUUGCAGAAGCCAUGGAGAGAGGUAUAGCAGUGGUUAGGGAGGCUUGGCUGAUUGACAGCAUUGAAAAGCAAGAACCACAGCCUUUAGAAGCUUAUGAUCUUGUCUCUGAUCUUUCCGUGGAUGGCAAGGGAAUCCCCUGGGACAAACAAGAUCCUGGGGAGGAAGCUAUUGAAUCACUCUCAGCAGAACUUAAACUUUAUGGGAAGAGAGGGGUGUAUAAAGAUACCAAGUUGCAGGAACAAGGUGGAAAGAUAUUUGAAAGAGAUGGGAUAUUAUACAACUGUGCCUUCUCCCUUUGCGACCAAGGGAGAGGACUGAAUGACUACUGUAUUAUGCAACUGAUCGUUGUCCCAGAAAAUCGUUUGCAUCUGUACUUUAAGAAAGGGAGAGUUGGUGAUGAUCCAAAUGCAGAGGAGCGAUCAGAAGAGUUGGACAAUAUAGACAGUGCUCUGAAAGAGUUUGUCAGACUCUUCGAGGAAAUAACAGGAAAUGAGUUCGAGCCUUGGGAAAGAGAGAAGAAGUUCCAGAAGAAGCCAUUGAAGUUCUACCCCAUUGACAUGGAUGAUGGAGUUGAAGUUAGACACGGAGCACUAGGCCUUCGGCAGCUGGGGAUAGCAGUAACACACUGUAAACUUGAGCCUUUGGUUGCAAAUUUUAUCAAGGUUUUGUGCAGUCAGGAGAUAUACAAGUAUGCAUUGAUGGAGAUGGGUUACGACUCACCGGAGCUUCCAAUAGGAAUGGUUACAAAUCUUCAUCUGCAAAGAUGUGAGGACGUUCUCUUGGAAUUCAUCGACAAGGUGAAAUCAUUGAAAGAAACUGGCCCCAAGGCUGAGGCUGUUUGGACUGAUUUUAGCCAAAGAUGGUUCACUCUGAUGCACUCGACAAGGCCUUUCAUUUUUCGAGAUUAUCAAGAUAUUGCAGAUCAUGCUGCUGCUGCCUUGGAGGGGGCCAGAGACAUAACCCUCGCUUCUCACCUCAUAGGAGAUAUGACUGGCUCAACAAUCGAUGACCCAUUAUCAGAGACAUAUAAGAAAUUGGAUUGCUCAAUUUCUCCCCUGGAAAAAAGUUCAAAUGAUUAUCAGAUGAUAGUGAAAUAUCUUGAAAACACUUAUGAGCCAGUCAAAGUUGGUGAUGUAGAUUAUGGGGUGUCAGUGGAAAACAUUUUUGCGGUGCAAACAGGUGGUUGCCCUUCCUAUGAAGACAUAGUUAAAAUGCCGAAUAAAGUUCUUCUAUGGUGUGGAUCACGAACCUCAAACCUUUUGAGGCACUUGCGCUGGGGAUUCGAGCCAGCAAUAUGUUCACUACCAGUUCCGGGUUAUAUGUUUGGCAAAGCUAUUGUCUGUUCCGAUGCUGCAGCAGAGGCUGCAAGAUAUGGUUUUACAGCUGUGGACAGACCAGAAGGGUUCUUGGUUUUGGCCAUUGCUUCUCUAGGAAAUGAGAUUACCGAGUUUAAGAGCCCACCCGAGGAUACAUCAUCUUUGGAAGAAAAGAAGCUUGGAGUGAAGGGACUGGGGAAGAAGAAAACAGAUGAAUCCGAACAUUUUGUUUGGAGAGAUGAUAUAAAAGUUCCUUGUGGUAAACUAGUUGCCUCAGAUCAUCAAGAUAGCCCCCUGGAAUACAACGAGUAUGCUGUCUACGACCCGAAGCAGGCACGCAUAAGCUUCUUGGUGGGGGUGAAGUAUGAAGAGAAGGGUGCGGAGAUUGACACAGCUGAGUGA